AUGCACCUCCUUCCUGAAUGUUUUAAAGCAGUGAGAUGCCCUGCUUUUUGGGAGAGUACGGACGAGCCUUCGCUUAAAAAUUUUUUAUAUUUUCGACUUUCUGCCGGCGAAUUAACAGACGUGGAAACUGAGUACCAUAUCUACAAGCAAGAGCUGAGUGAAAUCAGUAAAUUCUAUUCUGAAAUAUCUGAGAUUGGACAAGAAGUGCUAAGUGGGAACGACUGCGUGUCUGUUGGUGAGCUAUACUCCACGAAUCACCUUGGGACCCUUAGUACCAUUGAGUACACCAACUACUCUACAACCUGCGCGAUUGUAGUGGAACGACUGCGUGGAAGCAAACGGUCGUCAGCAAUAAAAAAUUUUUGGAAACUUCAAGAAGAAAGACAAAAUAUAAUGGCGAGAAACAAGUUGAUUGAAGAUAAAGUAAAGUUGCAAGAGGAAAAAGCAAAGGCAAGGGUUCUGAAGUUGCAGACAACCCAACAUAUAACUAUUGCCACAGCAGCUACAGAACAGAUUCAACAAUAUGCCACGUCAACUACCACUAGCAUCGCGAAGAGAUUCCUCGAUAAUGAUAACAAAAAAACAACAAAACGUACUAGAAAUCAUAAGGACCAGUCAGAUGAAGAUGACUCUGAAAGUGACGACCGUGACUGCCUCACUGAUAGUGAAAAUUCCUCCACGAUGACCCAUAAGAAUCAGAAGCGUGCAAGAUCCCAAAGCGGCCUAUUAGAUAGAAAUGACAUGAGAGAUGGAAAUCGAACUCUACCCCACCAAAUCAUUGGAAACCCUUUAAAUUUGGAUAACUCUCAAUCCUCAAACAUAUCAAACAGUGAAAGCAUCCUUAAAGCAUCCGCUAAGAGUCUAGCAAAUCUGGAUGAGGUUAAGUAUUUCGGAGAAUUAAUUCCACUUUUCGAAAAAUAUAAAGAACAGGAAAAACAUAAUAUAUACUCCUGUACCAACGACGAUGUUAUGGACAUCCGAGGUGACAGUGGUUUCGCGAAAUUUUUGACAAUCGAUCAAUAUACAAAACUGCUUUCUGUACGACCAAAAAGAAGCGCCGUGCUACCGGAAUGUUGGUGUAGAGUUAUAGAGGAAUAUUAUAUGGAGUCAUUAACUGAAGGCGGACCAAAGAAAACCAUUACUGAUUGGGUUCGCAUCACAGAUGCAUUGAUGGUAGGCGAAGAUGGAGAUACCGAGGAGGUGAAGAGGCUUAAAAAGUAUCUGUAUCGAGUAAUGUUACCUUUAAUCGAAUCAUUCCUUAAACCUAUUCCGGACAUUAAUGCUCCAGACAGUAGUGAACAUCACUAUUGGUCAGAGUUUGGACAUCAUUUUUUCUCUAAGGCUUUACAAGAAUUUGCAGGACUAGAUUGGCGAGCCAUGGAUGUUCCUGUAUCUGCAUCUAAAUACAGAAAAAACUAUGGGUUUGAUCAUGCAAUACAUAAAAUAGUUGAAGGAAAUUCUGCCGAUCUAUUGGCUCGGUCUUGGGGGACGGGGGAGGAAAUUUUUGUUGGAGAGCAAGCAGGGCCUCCUACUAAACCUGAUCUUACAAAGCUCUCUAUGGAUUCUUUCAAAUUAUAUCGAGAAUUGAGAGAUUGCCUGAAUGUUCGCAUAUUACAUGCAAUGGAAAUCGGGGGUGUGAACUACAGUAAUCGUGCUGUAUUUGGUAUACUUGGAUAUUUGUUCGAAAUCAAGAUGUUAAUCAUGUGGAAGGAUGGUGUAUAUGUAUAUGAGGAGUUUGGGAGUUUCACUGUCGCUUCUCAUUCGAGAAAGAUUCAUACUAUGAAAGCGGGUAUAUUAAAAUUACUGGAAUUCAUCAUGGUCAUUAAGGCGGAGUUAGAAAGUAAUGUGAAAGUAGAAUAUGAUGACAAAGUUCAGAUUUUGAAAAGAAAGUUUAGUGACAUUAUUCAAACAAAGCUAUCACCAUUAAAGGUCUCAAAGGUUAAGUGA